GCAAUAAUUGAAUACCAAGUUGAUCUUACUAGGUGGAAAGCUAACUAGAAAGCAGCCAUGGAUGUUGAUUCGCAACCAACUAUGGAGGAAACCAUAUUGGUUGGUGAUGACCUAAUGAUGGGGCCACCAUCUCCUGUCAUCCCACAAGAAAUCGCAUCUCAUGUGCUUGAAGGUGUCGAGUUAUGUGAUGGGAUCUUACGGAAUUUAUUUUUGUGUCUGCAGAUUAAUGAUAUCGAGCCUUUCUGUCAAGAUGAGCUGGCAUUAUAUAGACAAUGUGCUGAAAAGAGGGUAAGGUUUCUAAUGGUUAUUCCUGUUGCAUGAAUAAGUACAUCGAAUUAGCUUUCUUGAGUUUCUUAAAA